AUGAAUAUUUCAUUCAGAACUGUAAAAUUUCAGAUUUAUCACGAUUACGGUCUCAAACAUAUUUGCCUUAUUUCGAUUCUUGUCAUUUAUCAAUUUAUUGGUGCUGGCGUGUUCUAUUUCUGUGAAGCUGGUUUUGAUGAGUCAAAGGAGAAGAUUUGGAAUAAAAGAAUCGCUGAAAAUAGAACAAAAUUUGUUUUCGACAUCAUACCAUUGAUGUUCAACAACACUGACUACUUAUUUUUUCUCACACAGGAGCAGACAAACGAAGUAUCAGCAAAACUCCACGCCGAAGUGGAAAUCUACGAAAAACAGCUGGGUAUUAAAUAUACAGACCAAAAAAUCAAAUGGGAUUUCUGGAAUGCAAUGCUGUAUGCUCAAACCCUGUGCACCACAAUCGGAUACGGUCAUUUGUAUCCAUCUACAGUAUCCGGCAGGAUGUUCACGAUGAUCUAUGCGAUUUUUGGAAUUCCGCUGGUAUUAUCCAUUCUUGAUGAUUUAGAUCUGGACAUAUUCGACUUACCAAUACCAGUUGCUAUACUUGUGGUGAUCGCAUGGAUUUUUGUAUGUUCGGCGACAUUUUGUAUCUGGGAACAUGACUGGGAUUAUUUCGUUGCCUUCUAUUUUUUCUUCAUUUCAUUAAGUACUAUUGGACUUGGCGACAUCACACCGACACAGCCCAAAUAUCUCCUUAUGCUUUUCAUCUACAUCAUUAUCGGCUUAUCACUCGUUUCUAUGUGCAUUAAUCUAAUUCAGGCUAAGCUGGAGAGAACGUACGAAGCGGGCCGACUACAAGAAUUGGAGCUGGAAACGGCGCUGUUAGUUGACAGAAAUCGAUUACAACGACGCGGUAGCAGCUUAGGUGUUUUUCGUUCUUCAUCUUCAGCACACUCGCUGACUAAGGAAGUCAUACAAGCUGCGAUAAUGAGUCGACGAAAAAUCAACAAGACAUCUCAGACAAUGUUAUCGUUUCCGUCACCAAGCAGUUCAAAUGCUCAUAUCAGCCGAACUGUGAACAAUUCCAGGGUACGGUAUCUUCCUCGUACCUUAUCCGUUGACGACGUUAUGCAUAUGGUAGACACCGAAGAUGGCGAUAUUCUUGUGCUGACUGACCUCGUUCGCGAAGAGUCUGGAAUCAGCCAACACUCACAAUGUACGACAUCAUCUAGCGAUGAAAGCACAAGUCAAGUGAGCCAUGCUGUUCGUGCAUAUGUCAACUAG